UCUCCUUCAGGUAACCAUAGUGAUGAAGAUGCUGCUGGGCUGCUCUCUCUGCCUGCUCCUCCUGCUCAGCUGUCUGAGUGAACCCGUGGAGAGCCGGCAUCUGCAUCUGGACAGCUGCUCUGUCGACGUUCACACACAUGAACUGCGGAAAUAUUACUCUGCCAUACGAUCAGAUGUGUUAGCAGGAGACCAUGAGAUUGGAGUAAAACUUCUGGACAGAUCAUUGAUAAAAACUGUUCCGGAGGGACAGGUGUGCUGCUUCCUGCAUCUUCUGCUGCGGUUCUAUGUUGAGCGAGUGUUCAGCAACUACGCUUCCUCACAUCCACAGCAGCAGCGCUGCUCCAGCGCUCUGGCCAACGCUUUUGUCAUUAUCAGAAAAGAUAUACAUAAAUGUCACUGCCACUGUGAAGAAGAAACCCGAAGAAGAAUCGACUCCCUCCAUGCUGAGUUUAUCAAG